UUUUUUGACAGGUAGCCGUAAACGGAAGCGGAAAUUUCCGCUAGGCUCUGGAAAAGCCUCUCAUCUUCUCUCCCGUUCAUUCUCGCAAAAGGCGAUGGCUCUUCAUUCACCAAACCAAAAUCAGCUUUUGCAGGUGUCAGAUUACAGUCAGGACACGAUCAGACCUGCCAUAAAGUCACCAUAUCAAAAAGCUCAUGGACUGAAGUGCCUGUCAGUGAUUGGAGAAAUUCAGUCAACAGAUAUUCCGACAUCCUUUAUUUAUCAGGUCUAGGACAAAAACGCCAUCAUGACUCACUCAAUGCUGAGACGACAACUGAAAAAUCUUGUUCAGAACUUCUCUGAGGCAGAGGUCAAGGUUCGAGAAGCGACUUCUAAUGACCCCUGGGGGCCAUCGAGCUCCCAGAUGGCCGACAUCUCGGAUCUGACCUACAACGUGGUGGCCUGUAAUGAGAUUUUGGCCAUGCUCUGGAAGCGUCUCAAUGAUGACAAGAACUGGAGGCACGUAUACAAGUCUUUAACCCUUCUUGAAUAUCUGUUGAAAACGGGCUCUGACCGCAUCCCUCAGCAGAGUGUGGAGAACAUUCACAUUAUCAAAGUCCUAACAGAAUACCGCUUCACAGACAAGGAUGGAAAGGACCAAGGAGUGAAUGUGAGAGAAAAGGCCAAGAUAGUGAUGGUGCUGAUUGAGGAUGAAGAAAAGCGGAAAGAGGAGAGAGAUUUUGCUAUGAAGACAAAAGACAAGCUGACAAAAGCUCCCAAUGCGUCCUCCACUACAGGACCAGAUAAAGAAAAGCCAGAGAUCCCGCCAUAUACAGGGCUGCCCUCCCUAGACAACAUUCCAUCUGUGGCUGACCUGACCGCCGCUAUGGCCAAGAAGAAGGAGGAGCAGAAACGUUUGGAGGCUGAGAGGAAAGAGGCAGAGAGACGGGCAAAGGAGGGUGACACGGAGCCAGAUCUUUGGGAAAAAGCAGCAACAGCAGCGCCUCCGUCCAACUCAGACCCUUGGGGAGCCCCAUCUGACGCAUCCAAUGAUUCCGCCGCUGCUACCAACGACCCUUGGGGAGCCCCGUCUGAUGAGGCAAAGGAAUCCAGUCCAGCUACCAAUGACCCUUGGGGUGGAUCUGCUGAUGGGACAAACGGAUCCUCACCUGCAUCCAAUGAUCCAUGGGGAGGAUCUGCCAGUACCAAGAAUGAUUCUCCACCUGCUUCCAGUGAUCCCUGGGGAGGAUCUACGAAAGCUGAGAAAAGUUCUCCACCUGCCGCCAACGACCCAUGGGGCGACUCUUCUGGAUUUUCAGAAGAUAAAGCCCCAUCAACAAACGAUCCUUGGGGGGCUCCAGUUGAAGCGGCGAAAGACUCUGAUGCAAUAACGUCAGAUCCUUGGGGGGCAUCUGCGGAUGGUGUACAGGAUUCAGCACCUGCAACCUCUGACCCCUGGGGGGCGCCAUUAGAAGCAUCAUCAGCUGUGUCUGAUCCAUUUGGUGAUGGUUCAAAAGCAGAUAAUGACCCUUGGGGCACAGCAGCAUCUUCACCCCCUACUGCGAAUGACCCCUGGGGUGCUCCAUCAGCUCCAACUAAUGCUUUGACAACUGAUGACCCUUUCGGUGAUGGAGGCACAUCAGAUCCUUGGGGUGGUUCCUCUGAGAACGGUGCCACUGCUACAAAACCUGGUGAUGAGACCAAAAAGCCAGCGUCUUUCCUUGGAGAAGUUGCUUCAUUGGUGGACUUGGACUCUCUUAUGUCAGUCAAGCCCAAACCUAAACAGCCGCCUCUCAACGCCAUCCCCACCCAAAAAGCCCCGGGAUUUUUGCCAGCCGCAGGCAUGACCAGGCCAAUGGGCGGCAACAUGUCCAAUGCAAGUGGUUCUACUGCACAGCCUUCAAACUCAAAUUAUUUUGGUUUUAACUCCAUGACACCCUAUUCCAGUGGCCUGCCCCCACUAAACACAGCCUUCGGGAUGCCUGUCGCCCACAUGGCAUCUCCAACCCAGAAUACAAGCCAUUCAGCUUUGACAAUGUCUAAUACGGGCUUUUCCAUGGCUAACCCUAGAAUGGUACAACCCAGCACUGCAGGGACUCUCAUUGGUGAGUUAUCUCCUAUGUCCCUCACAGGAACGGUUACCCCACAAGCUCCAGUUCUUCAGCGACCUCCAUUGGUUUGGGGCACUGGAACUGGGGCUGCUGGGAAAGGAAAUAACAUUUUUUGAGUUGUCCAUUCAGCAUCCAUUCAUCCCUAGCCUUCUGCUUUCCCCAUCCCCUACAUCGAUUCUAGUUGAUUAUGUGUGUGUACAGUAUAAGUGUGUGCAAAUAUUUAAAUAUUAAUGAGCAACAAUAUACUGUAAGUAUAUACAACAAUAUACUUUUUGUUUUGGGAAAAAAGCAUGCAUACCCUGACCUUUUCAAGAUGAUAGACUGAGAUUGAAGCAGGUUUUUUGUUUGCUCACUCGUUGUUUUAGAAUCCAUAAGGGUCUCAUUUAUAAAAACUGUCAUAUCUACUGGAAUAGUCUGCCAGUGAGCAGAUUUUGGAUAUACAUUGCCGUUCAAAAGAUUGAGGUCAGUAAUUUUUUUUAGUGCAUUAAUGCAUUUAAUUGAUCAAAACUGACAGUAAAGACUUCUACAGUGAUGCAAAAGAUCCUAUUUCAAAUGAAUAUCAAGUAUUUUAUUCAAUUUAAAAUAUUGCUGUUCUUUUGAACUUCCUAUUCAUCAAAGAAUCCUGAAAAAAAAGUGUUGUGGAACUGUUUUCAACAUUGAUAACUAUUUCCUCAUAUCUGUAAAUGCAGCCUUGGUGAGCAUAAGAGACUUCAUAUAAAAACAUAAAAAAAAAAAAAAAUCAUACAGACCCCAAACAGAUCUUUGAAUAGAUGUGUAUAAAAAAAUCAGAUGUUUAUUCCCAAACCUAGCCAAAAAUUCCCCAAAUUACCAAGGAACGCACCAAUUAAGAGACCCAAACAUACUUUGAAUUUUUUUUUUUUCAUCACUGUUAAACGUUUCCAUAAGCAUCAUACUGUGUAACACACAGAAUUAUGCAUAUUGGAAAAUCUAAAUGUGGCUUGUAGUGAUUAUUUUGAUGAGAGACAUUCCAAUUAAACAUUUUUAAUGUCAUAUGUUAUAUUAAGAGGUAUGGGAUGUAUCAAAAUGUAGAGGUUCCUAGUAUCACAUCACUUUAAAAAAAAAAGGUAUUUAUUUAUUUAUUGUUUUUACAUGUUUGAGUAUAUUGUUUGGCUGGGAGGCAGCAAGUGAUGAUUAUGCACAAUGUUUGUUGGGAAUUGUUUAUUGCAGUAAAUUAACAGUAUGAGAGGUUUCAUGAAGACAAAGAUAAAACUUUUGAAUAUUGAUAUAAAGAAAAUUCUUGUUCUUUCUGUAUAAAAUGGUUUAUUAUGAUUAAUCUUCAUCAGACAUUUAUUUUUAUUAGUGUAGUGUUUAUUUAUUUAUUUAUUUAUUUCAGACAGUUGUUUUGGUCCCGAUAUUUAUUCUGUCAUUCUGUCAAAAUGUAUUUAUUCUUUCAUUCUGUCGGAGUUACUCUGUCAGUAAAGAAGGUAUUGGAAGAUAAGCAAAA